CGUACGGUCGGUGGCGGUUCAAACUCGUUUCGUGCGUGGAAAAAUUAGUUGAAAUGUGAAAUUUUUGUAAAUCUUUUAUAGCGCUAUAACCUACGCGAAAAAUAAAAACCGAAAAUAAGCAACUAAAGAAGUAAACGCGAUUAAACGCCUAAAGAUAUGCAAUGAAUCUUGUGGCAAAUGUGUUAAAAAAGUGAGCGCGGAAUAGAACGGGACUUACGAAAAGUUUUUUUGCUUCGCGCUUUCGGUUAUUUGCUUUUUCUUGUUUUUACGUACAUUCUAAAGGACGAGCAGAAAUCAUUAAAUCAAUUAGGCCAAAGGAUAAAGAGCACACAACGUCGGCGGCAGAUGUGCACACAACAACACGCAUUAGAAAAUAUGUAAAAGAAAUGCAGGAGUUAAAAAACGUUGCAAACGCGCGUGAAAAUUAAGUAGAAACGCAAGUGAGUAAGUGAGGCCAAAACGUAGUCCGAAAGAAUAUCAAGCUAAAGAAAAAGCGCGCCCGCCGCAUACACUCUCACGUACACCAACACAAUUGUAUACGUAUUUACGCCCACAUAACGCAUAGCAGUGGUGAAUGAAAGUGAAAGCGAAAGCUGCUAAAUAGAAACGAAAUAAAACCGAAGUUAGCAAGAAGUUUGUGCUUUUCGUGAAGCUCGAACGAAAACAAAUAUACAGAAAAAGCGGUAUAAAUAUAUUUGUGAAAUAUUGCUAUUAUAUAUUACAAAAAUUUAACAAAACACGCGAAAAGCAACGAUAACUGUCGAAAAAGUGUCUAACCAAAGCAUAUCAUUAGGCGUUUGUAGUAAAAAAGUCAAAAACUGCUAAAAACUGGACGACGAAAUUCGCUUAAAAUCGAGACGUGCUUAAUGCAGCAAAAAACAGGCUGCCUUCAAAUGUCCUUAGCACGCGCUACAAAAUUUCAUUGGUUGCGCACAAAAGUAUGCAACGCGCUCAUUGAGAUGAAUUUUUAAAAAGCUGCACGAAAAUAAAAUACAAACUAGGUCAGUUUGCGUGUGAACACGGACGCGCGCGACGCCAACUAGUGAACACAAAAAAAAGGCGCAUGAAAACAAAAGGAUACAAACAACUGAAGUUUACAGGCAAAAGCGAACUAAAGAAUAAUAAAAGCGCAAAGAAGCAAGGAAAAACAUGAAAUAAAAGGCUAGGCGAAAGAAAACUAAAACGAAAAGUGAAACAAGUUUUCCAAACAGAGCAAAACGAACUUGCUCUUCGUUUAUGCAUGAGUGUAUGUGUGUGCGCGCGUGAGCUUGAGUGAGCCAAAGAGCCGCAGCGUCUAUGUCCCGACAAAGUAAUCAACUAAAUAAAACCGAUAAGUGUCCAUAUAAAAUGUGUUAAGCUGAAUUCCAACGAUAGCAACUUUAACGCAAACGAAAUUUAUUGAUUUUACGAAAUAAAAACAAUACAAACCAAACUAAUGUAGUAAAAAAACCAAAAACAAAAACAAAUGCAACCAAACAUAUCAACAGUGCCACAAUAAGCGGAAAAUAGGUUAAUAGAAUCGAAUCAAAAAAUUGCAACAACAAAAAAAUUGUUGUAAAAGGAAAACAGGAGGGUAAAAAAGCAGAAGUUUUAAUAUUUUUAUUAUCAAAAAAACCAAAAAAAAAAACCUUUAACUUCAAAAGGAACCAGCAAACAUAACAACAAAGUUAAUUUAAAGGCGAAAAAAGAAAUAAUUAAAUUAAAUGCUCCUGCCAUCACUUUGAUGAGGAACUUCAACUGAAAAUAUUAUUAAUAUUUUUUGCCUGCUCGACAAAGUACAAAAAACAACACCAAUAAUUGCAAACAAUUGCAGCGCUAGCAACAACGACGACAACAACCUUUUAUGUUAAGGCAAACGCACACAUAGAAAACAUAACGGCAAAUGCACAUUUGUUUGUUUGUGCGAGCGAAUAAAAAGUUAUGCCUUUGCUGCAGCGCAUAAUAAUGCACAACAACAGCAAUGAAGUAAUAGCAACAACAACAAAACCAACUAUCACAACGAUAACAAAGCAAACAAAGGCACUUGAACGUCAGACAAAAAAACCAACGGAAUUCUAAUUGAAUGCAAAUGAAACGAACAACUUGCCGCGCAAGGGGGGAGAGCGAACGUGCAGCAAAUUAAUACAAGCAGCAGGCGCUGACAGAGGCGACUGCAUGCAACACAAUUGCAAUAUAAAGUAAAUGUUGAGCGCGACAAACGGAAAUGUUGCAAUAAUAAUAAAAUGAGUAAUAAUGAAAAAGCAGCAAAGCACAAUAAAAACAACGACGACGGCAGCAAUAAAAACAACAAAGUGACAACAAGUGUUGACGGCAAGCGCAUUUGAGCCGCGCGCAGCAACAGCCGUGGCAGCCAAGGCAAUAAAUCGACUAAGAAAUAUAGCAAAUAAAGCGUCAAACCGUAACAUAAUUAACAAAGGCGGCGGCAAAGAGGAGACAUAUAGACAACAGCAGUGCCAGAGAAGCGCCAAAGCAACGAAUUUCAUAACAACAAAACAGCAGAGUGGCAACGGCAGUCAGCUGAAGCUAAUGCAAGCGGCAAGGCAGCAAAGCAGAAGGCAGUGUUAGUGGAACGUUGCGAGUUAUUACAAGUUAUAUACGCUAAAACAGCAAUAUUACAACAACAGUAGUGAUAAGGAAACAACAGGAUACGAAAACAACCGUUAUAUGACUCUAUACAAUGACGCUGCGAACAAUUGCAACGAUGCUUUAGUCGAGCGAUAAAACAAUAUACAUAGAUUUUCCACACAGACGCUUCGAUGGCGCGUCAAUAACCGCUACUCGGUGUUUUUGAGUGUAUGUGUGUGUGUGCUUAAUACAGCAACUUCAUACAAGCCUGCAGUGUGUAUAGAGUCAUGUCGAAGGCAUAACAGCAAAGCGCGCUAAAUCUAAUUAUCCGCUACCAUGACUUUACAUGCCAAGCAGCUCUGUAUAACAAAAACAAAAACAACAACUUCGACUAACAUAACAACAAAAGCGAUUAGCGUUUGUACAGCGCUAAAGCCCAGCCGCUAAGGUAGUAAGCAAGCAAAAUUGCUUACUCGAUUGACGUCAAGUGGCGCAGCAACUAAGUAGUCGUUUGAAUAGCGCCGGAACAAAAACAACAACAACAGCAACAAUUAUAACUACUGUACAAUAAGCAAACAACAACAUCUUGCCAAAGACAAAGCACAAAAAUCUCGCCCUUCAUUGCGCGCAGCGCAUCCAUAGGCGAGCGCACAUACUUAGAGAAAUACACACACACAUGCAUAUACAACACAUAUGUGUCUAUUUGGCCGUUCAUUAGACAAGCGAAGUCAGUCAGUGAGAUUACAGUGCUGCAUGAGCGCUGCAUGUGUGUGUUGUUGAGCUCGUGCUCUCGUUGUUAGCAAGCGCGUGUGGGUGUCUGUGCUACUCAGCGUCGAUCGUCUAUUGUUGUGUCGUCUGCAUGUGGCUGAAUGUGCUGUCAUUAAUGCAAUUUGCUGCAAAGCGGAAAUAGUUGACGGAAAUUAAACGGCCACUUAAGUUCCGGUGUAAAGUGAUGCCAUUCAAUUGGUGCAGCGCGCAGCAACAAUAACCGCAAUAACAACAGCAACAGCGUUUGAAAAUUGUUUGCGGUAUUAAUAAUUGUUUGAAUGCUUACAAUAGAAUAUUCUAUAACAACAAGUGGUUGGCUGUCACAGUAUAGAAAAACCUAUGAAAAUUGGCAGCAUUGAUAACAUUCAAAGCUCAGUGAACUUUUUGCUAAAAAAAAUUUUGGCACAAAGAGUUUGAUUUUCCAAGACAAAUAAUCAAUUACUUGACAAUGGGUUUGAAAAUAUUUAUUGGAAUUAAAAAUUAUGUCAAUCGAGCCAAAUGGAUUUAUAUGAAAGCUUUAGAGCGUAAUCUACAAGCUUCAAGCUAAAAUUAAUGCAGUUCAAGGGUCCAAGAAAGUUUAAAAACUUUUGGGAAAGCUCAAAAAGCUUUAAAAACUGUAUUGAAAGCUUUUUGUAUAUAAUCAACACUGAAUAUGCAAUUACUUCUGGUACAAAAAGUUUGAGUAACUGAAAGUUUGAAACAACGUGAAAGCUUCAAAAGCUCAAUGAAAGCUUGAAAAUCAAGGAGAGCAAUUAAACAAAUUCAGUCAGCACAUCGAAGCCAGUUGGAUUUAUAUGAAAGCUUCAGAGAGUAAUUUACAAGGUUUGAGCUAAAAUUAAUGCAGCUAAAAAGUGAAUAAAAGCUUAAAAAAAUUUAGUGAAUGCUCAAAUAGCCUGAAAACCUAUAUUGAAAGCUUUCUGAAUAUAAUCAACACUAAAAAUGCAAUUACUUUUGGUACAAAGUGUGUAAGUAACUGCAAGUGACAAAAAUCGUGAAAGCUUGCGAAAGCUCAGAAGUCGAUAAAAGCACUUUAGAUUACACCAAACUAUGCUUACAAAUUAUUACAUAUUUUUGAGUAAAAUCUCUGUAAUUUGAGGCAUUUGGGACCACUAAGCAGUGCUCAAGCAAAAAGCUUUAAGAGAAGGAAAAAACACUUUUUUGAAAAAAAUAAAUACAUAAAUAAAUAAGCACAAGAGCGUACUAGCUGCUGUGGGUUAAUCCACAAAUAUGAUGUACAAAAUAGCAUUACAUGAAGAAAACGCGCAAAAUUUAAAGCUUUGCUGAAAAGCUACGUGAUUAUGCCACAAACAACUCGCUGUGGUGAAAGAGACAGUUAAUGAAACGAAAAAACUCAAAAGCUACAAACAAGACAGCUAAAUUAAUUGUGAGAUAAUUAUAAAACUGAAAAAGCUUAAAGCUCUAUGUUGGAAGAGAAAACUCUCAAAUUGAUAAUAAAUUGAAUUCCAGACCAAGACAAGAAUUACAAAUUAACACGUACUCGAAGAGGAAAAAAAUUUCCAGCUUAUCAACUUUAAUAGAGCCACACCCAUACGGCAAUUACGCGUGCAGUUAAUUAAAUAUUUUAUUUGCUUCUUCAGCCCAUACCUUCCACAAGUUUAUAUUAAAUUCACACUGCGACGAAAAGUUUCUCACCUGUCACGGCUGAUUUGCUGCAACUCCGCUCACCCUUAAUAUCGGCCAGGAACAACGCUGCUUACUUUAAUCUUAUACCAUUAAUUUGCUGCUUCCCUCUCCCACCAAAAGUUUAUCUCGACUCUCUCUCCCACUGAUGACCGCCGCUAAACGACGCGCAAGCAGUGGCGCGACAAAUAACAACAAUAACAAUAAUGAUACGGAUGAAUAUCGCGAACAGCAACAACAUCUGUUACAACAUCCACAACAACAAUAUCAUAGUACACAACAACGUUACCAUUUGCAGUAUCAGCAAGAGCAGUCACAGCAACAACCACAACAACAUUACCAAUACCAACAACAACAGCAACAACAGUUUUCUCAUCAGUCCGCAUCGCAUUCAGCAUAUCAUCAGGAAAAUCACCAGUCAAAUCAACAACAACAACAACAGCAUCAACAGCAACAGCGCCAACAAACAUCACUGCUGCGUGAUUGUUCGGUGAAAUUGCCUCUGGAUAUUCUAUGGUUACCAAAAUCUGCAAUGCGGCCAGUGGGGCCUGACGCCUCGCACACCGACUGCAUACUGGUUGUUGGUGUCUCCCGUCCGAAAUUAGCUGUAGUCUUUCUAACAGUUAUGUUAAUAUCACUAUUCCUCACCUUUCAUGUACUGUACGAUAGCGCCGUAUAUAAUAUACAAGCAGCACAAGUACUCACCGAACGUCAUCGGCUGCGUUUGCUGAGCAGUGCGAGCGGUAGUGGUGGUGGUAGCGCUAACGCUAAUAACAUCAACAAUAAUCAUUUGCCGGAAUUCAUCAAACCCGCCGCGGCUGCUGUGGCUGCGGCAGCAGCAUUGGCCGCUGUACCCUCCUCGAAUCAGAUUAGUCAUCCAAUGGUGUUUCCUUCGAAUCGUGUGCACUUUCCGAAAACGAGCCGACGAUUGCCGCAGGCUCUCAUUAUCGGCGUUCGAAAGUGUGGCACACGCGCUCUCCUAGAAAUGCUGUAUCUUCAUCCUCGCAUACAAAAAGCCGGUGGCGAAGUUCAUUUCUUCGAUCGUGAUGAGAACUACAUGAAGGGUUUGGAGUGGUAUCGCAAGAAAAUGCCACAUUCGUUUCGUGGACAAAUUACGAUCGAAAAGAGUCCCAGUUACUUCGUGUCGCCAGAGGUGCCGGAACGUGUGCGCGCCAUGAAUGCCAGCAUCAAACUUUUGCUCAUUGUACGUGAACCGGUGACAAGGGCCAUUUCUGAUUACACACAAUUACGAAGUCACGCGGCCACGGCCACGCUGCCGCUAGCCGAUGGACCCGCAGCAGCGCCACCAUCGCCGGCAACCGCUAAAUACAGCGCCAACAGCUAUCAGAGGCGACGUGGCCGCGCCAUCGAUGCAGCCGGCUCCGGCUAUGGACCAGGCGCGGGCUAUACGAAUCAGCAGCUGCGCGCGUCCCAGCAUAUGGCACUCUAUGGCAAAACGAGCAAAUCCUAUGCAGCGGCACAAGUGUAUGAUAAUGCAAUCGGCGGCGGCGGCGGUGGUGGCGAUGAGGGCGGUGGCGCUGCACGGAAUCGUAUUGGUGAAUCCGCGCACACAACGGCGCCAACGCCUGGCUCGGCGGCCGCAGCAGCAGCAGCAGCUCAAAUUGCAAGCAAAUCAUUCGAGGAGCUAGCCAUAUUCCCCAAUGGCACGGUUAAUGAGUCCUAUCGUCCGCUAACCAUAUCUCUAUAUCAUUUGCAUUUGCAUCGUUGGCUGGAAGUCUUCCCGCGCGAGCAAUUACUCGUUGUCAAUGGUGAUCGAUUAAUUGAGGACCCCGUUUCGCAAUUGAAGCGCAUCGAAACGUUCUUAGGCAUCGAGCAUCGUGUGACCAACAGUCAUUUCUACUUCAACGAGACAAAAGGCUUUUACUGUUUGCGUUACGACAGCGGUGACCGAUGCUUACGCGAAACGAAAGGACGCAAGCAUCCACAUGUUGAUCCUGUGGUCGUGUCCAAAUUGCGAAAGUUCUUUGCCGAGCAUAAUCAACGAUUCUAUGAAUUGGUUGGUGAGGAUCUUGGCUGGCCGGAAGAGUAGGCUGCACACAAACACACACACACUCAAAGGAACAACCACUAAAAAGGACACAGUGCAGUUGUGUGUGUGUGUGUGCGCGGAGGUGUGACUAGAGCAAUUGCAGGACAAUCGCUUAACGGUUAACACAUGCACUCACACACACACACACACACAUUGUGGUGUGUGAAAACAAGGAGCGCCACCUGAAAGCGACCACAAAGUGAGACCAGCAAUUGGCGACCAACAGUAGCUGUAAUUGAGAAUUAAGGACUGAUGGGAAAACAAAUUUCAGUUAAUUAAUUAAUUUUAGUACACAAAUACACAUAUAUUAUACAGUGUAACGCAGGUAUGUAAAUUACACACACAUGUACAUUCAUAAGCAAAAAAUACGUAUUUACGAUAAAUAAUUUUAAGCUUAAGUCGACUUAUAGUUAUUCUACAGAGCGAUCUACACGCAAACACAAAAGUUGCAGCAUUAAGUUUAAAAUUUAAGAAUUUCUUUUAAGCAAAACUCGGCAUGUGACGUAGGUGUCAGUGUGUGAAUGCGUGUGCGUGCGUUAACGAUAUCCAGUUGGCGAGCCUGUGAAUUCUGUGCAAUGAACCUUUGCUCGGGCAUAAAAAGCGCAUAUACAUAUAUUUGCUGAAAAAGGAAGUUGCAAUAUAAGCAUAUAUGUAUGUAUAUGCGUAUGUUUGUAUAUAAAUUUCCGCGUAAACGAGUACAUAAAUAAUUUAGGCAGUCACGCAGAAAGUAAACAGGAUAUUUGCAGAGUGAAAAUUUAAUUCAGAAAAAAGUCUAAAACUUUUUUUAAUUUAAAAUUAAACAAAAAAUAUUUAAUAAUUUUCGCGAUAUACAGCUUCUACACAUCGUAAUUCGCUUAAUUAAUAUUUUCAAAAUUAGUUAUAUAUACAUAUGUAUAAUAUAUACGGAUGUAAGGGGUUACGUUGCUGGGGUUUGAAGUUAAAUUUUUUUUAUUUCUUUACUUGCCAAAAUUUCAUAUUUUUUCCAAAUUUUUCAAUUAAUCACGGCCUAUUAUGUACUCAUCUACUAGCCAAUAAAAUUUUAAUUAUAGAUGAAACCUUCGACUGUUAUGCUGACUACCGCGAGGAGACGUUUUUCGGCGGUGCCUCAGAAAAUCAUCUGGCAAUGGAUAAAUUUCCAAAAAAAAAUUUUAAGAAAAAUUCACAAAAUGUUACUCAAAUAUUGCAUUUUAAUAUCCUCAAAAGUUGCAAAAAAUUAAUUUAUUUAUUAUAUGAAAACAAAAAAUUGUGAGAAUAGGCAUUAUUUGGAGCGUCCAAACCUACAUACAUAACCCCUCAAGAAAGUAAACGGUUUUUUUUUACUGCAAUAAAUAGGAAUUCUCUUACUUGUAAAUUAUAAAGGCGGAAUAUGCAUCUAAUGAGUUCAAAAGUUCAAAAUAUGAAAAGGGAACCUAUAGUUAAGUUUAAAACGUCAUUCACGGUCAUAUAUUCAAAGAAAGUUGGAUUGAAAAAUUAAAAAAAAAAAUUUCAGUAAUGUGUUCUUUUUGGAGAUGCAGAAUUUUCCAAAGAAAUAGCUGUCAAAUCAGCGCUGUUAAUGUACAUAUUUGACCUUGAUAUUUCGUAUAUAUUCGAAAGUUACAAACAUGGACUUACAACGGAACGUGUUCUUCGGGCUCUUUUACAUACCUAUCGAAAUCAGAGGCUAGCCCUGUCGUCAAUGAUUCACGACUUUUUGGUUCCCCACAUCAAAAUAUCUAUCCUUAGUAUUAUAGAGCGUUGAAGUCAUGAUAUUGCAAUGAGAUUUUGGCGAUCUUCAACCAGCCACCAAGACUGCCUUUUCUAAAAAUAAUUCAAGCUGAUAUUCUAUGGAGAAAAAUUUUGGAAAAGGUGACCAACAACCAACUUAACAAACUAUCGGGAGAUAUUGUUCAAAAAAGUAAUGAAAUUUAUACCCAACAAGAUGGUCCUCAUAAGUUACAGUUACGGUGAACAAGUACCUAAAAUUCUUUUUGAAUAAAUACUUACAUUUGUUUGAAGAAUUUCAAUAUCAUGAAGAGAAGAAUAUGAUAGCCAAUAGCAGGUGUUACCAGAUUUAAAUAAUUUUACAAAAUAUUGUAUAUAUUUUCCCAUUUACUUUUGAGUAACUCCUGUAAAGCAUCCAAUAUAACCUGGUAUUCCGCUACUAAUUGUGUGAAAAGAUUAUUUCGAAGAUACGGAA